GAACAAAGAAGAAAGCUGCCUGUCCGGGACUUGGUCUGGUUUAUACCGUACUGUCUGCCUUCCUUUUCUCAGUGGCCUCUUUAUUUCUUAAAAAAAUAGAAGAUGUACAUUCAGUGGAAGUGAGUGCAUUUCGAUGUGUUUUCCAAAUGGCAUUCGUUCUUCCUGGCUUAAUAUACUACAAAACAGGGUUUUUGGGACCAAAAGGUAAAAGAAUUUUUCUUUUCUUCCGAGGAUUCCUUGGCUCUAGUGCAAUGAUUCUUCUCUACUAUGCUUUCCAAGUCAUGCCACUAGCUGAUGCCACUGUUAUAACUUUUAGCAGUCCUGUUUUUACGUCAUUGCUGGCAUGGAUCUUUCUCAAAGAAAAGUACAGUAUUUGGGAUCUUCUGUUUACCCUCUUCGCAGUCACUGGAGUGAUUCUUAUUGCCAGACCACCAUUUCUGUUUGGGUCAAAAGUUGCAGGGAUUGAAGGAAGUUACACAGAUCACCUUAAAGGAACUAUAGCAGCAAUUACAAGCACAGUAUCUUCAGCUUCGACUUUUGUUAUACUAAGGAAGGUGGGCAAAUCUGUGCAUUAUUUUGUGUCAGUUUGGUAUUAUGCAGUCAUUGGUUUAAUUGGAUGUGUUAUAGCAUUGUUUGUUAUGAAUGAAUGGCGUUUACCACAUUGUGGUAAAGAUAGAGUUCUUCUAAUAUUAAUAGGCUUGUUAGGGUUAGGGGGUCAGAUAUUUCUCACAAAAGCAUUACAGAUAGAGAAAGCUGGACCCGUAGCCAUAAUGAAAACAAUGGAUGUGGUGUUUGCUUUUAUUUUACAAAUUCUUUUUCUCAAUCAUCUACCAACUUGGUGGACUGUUGGUGGUGCUCUUUGUGUAGUAGCUAGUAGUUCUGGAACUGCCAUUCGUAAGUGGCGACAAACCUUGAAAAAAGCUAAGCAAAAUGAAAUCUAA